AUGGACUUCGAAGGGAAGGGCAACUGGAACAUAUCAUUUGCUGGUGCUGGCUUCAUGGGUCUCUACCACGUGGGCGUGGCUCAGUGUCUGCAGGAGCGCGCCCCGCGCCUCCUCCAGGGCGCCCACUGUGUGUAUGGCUCGUCCUCCGGAGCGAUUUAUGCCACAAGUUUGGUCUGUGGAAUGUCUGUCGACUUCUGCUGCUCUUACUACAUGGAAAUGACCACAGCUGUUAAGAGGCUGAGUCUGGGCAUCUUCCACCCAGCUUUCACACCUGUGGAGUACAUCAAACAGGUGCUGCAAGAAAAUCUGCCUGCCAACGCCCACAUCCUGGCCUCUCAGCGACUGGGCAUCUCGCUGACCCGCUGGCCAGAUGGCAAGAACAUCAUAGUUACCAACUUCGCCACCCGAGAUGAACUUAUUCAAGCUGUGAUCUGCAGCAUGUACAUCCCUUUCUACUGCUGCAUGAUUCCCCCCGAAUUCAGAGGCGAGCGUUACUUGGAUGGUGGUCUGAGCAAUAACAUACCCUUCAAGGACAACGAGUUCACAAUCACUGUGUCCCCCUUUCCUGGGACGCUGGACAUCUGUCCCCAGAGCACCUCGGCCAACAUGCAUGAAAUGAGCACUUUCAACUUGAACCUCCAGAUCUCCACCAUGAAUGUCUUCUUGAUGUUCCUGGCCCUCUUCCCCCCGAGUCCAGAGGUAGUGGCCAACAUCUGCAGACAAGGCUACCUGGACGCACUGAGAUUCCUGGAGAGACGGGGACUCACCAAGGAGCAGAUACUGUGGAGUUUGGCAUUUAAGGCACCUCCAUCCCCUGCUGAAGGAGCUCAGGACUCUGGCUGCAACCAGGAAGGGAAGGCGGGCCUGACUCUCAACUGGGCGGUGCCGAAUGUGUUGGUCAAGGACGUGCCCAACUUUGAGCAACUCUCGCCAGCACUGGAGGCUGCCCUGAGGAAGGCGUGCAAGAGGAAGCCCGGCCUCUGGGUGCACUUCUGGCAGUCGGGCUCCGGGCAGGUGCUGACAUAUCUGCUGCUGCCCUGCACGUUUCCUGUGGAGUAUGUCUACUUCCAGUCCAAGAGAGUGGUGGAGUGGUUUCCUGAUGCACUGGCAGAUCUGCACUGGAUGCAGGAACAGCUGAGGGGCUUGGCCCAUGGGCUGUACUCCAGGACAAAGACACAGCUCUUUGGGCCUGUCAGAGCUGGUCUAGAUGAGCUGCCAGCCAGGCUCUCUGUGGACCCCGAACACUGCCUAACUCGCUUCUCUCAGCCACAUAUGCUGAGAACAUGCGCCAAUCUGUAUCCUCUUCUCUACAACAUGUCCCUGGAAGCAGACCCCCUCUAG